GCGGCGGCACUUGUUGAAUACAGCCCUUGGAGAAUAGAAAAGAGGGGAGCGAAGCAGAGAGAGAUGAUGACAAGGAGGCAGAGGGAGGCUUUGAGACAGUGAGCAGCAGAGAGAAUGGGUUAUAGGAGGAUUUAGAGACAGGAAGAGAAAAAUCAGUCAGAAAGCAGAGAGAGAUCUUCGAGACGGCGGGAAUGACACUUUAAGUGAAAGAGAGAGCUGGCCAGACGGAGAACGUCAGAGUGCUCUCCUUCCGUCUGAAACUACUCCACCUUCGUCCUGCUCCUGACUCUUGCUGGCGUGCUUGUGUGUGACAAGUCUCCAUGGUGUGUUUGAAACAGAAGACUGGCUUUACACAGAUGCCUCUCUCGGUGGCAGAGACUGCAGCGACUAUCUGAAAGCCUCCCUCUGUGGCCAAUAUGGCCCAGCUGCUCCAAGUGGAGAUCCCCAAUUUUGGAGCCACAGUCCUGGGUUCCCUUAAUGAGCAGCGUCUGCUGGGACAAUACUGUGAUGUAUCCAUACUGGUAAAAGGCCAGGCUUUUAAAGCCCACAGGGCCGUUCUGGCUGCCAGCAGCCUCUACUUUCGUGACCUCUUCAGCAGCUCAACCAAGACCCAGUUUGAGUUGCCUUCCUCAGUCACCCCUGCUUGCUUUGAGCAGAUCCUGGGUUUUUGUUAUACAGGGAAGCUAACAAUGGCAGCAAGUGAACAGCUGGUUGUCAUGUACACAGCUGGCUACCUCCAGAUUCAGCACAUAGUUGAAAAGGGCAUGGACCUAAUGUUCAAGGCAAACUCACCUCACUGUGACUCGCAAACUGCAGGAUCCUUGGAAGAAACAGGAUCUGAGCCACAGAGUCCUCUUAAUAAUAGCAACAGCCUUUCUGUGGCUACAGUUUUGGGGACCUCAAGCUGGUCUACAGCAUCCUUACUCAUCCCGCAGCGCAAGAUUAAACUAGAGGGCAACGAUCCAACACCAAUUUCAAUGCCCUCAACCCCAAGCAAACUGUCAACAUCAGAGUUAGGGAGCCGACUAGCAAGGGCCACCUCGCUCUUCUACACAACGGCUGGAGGGACCCCCAUUCCAGGCAUGCCUUCUUUCCCAUUUCAAGGAACCAGUGGAGGAGGAGCGGGAGGAGGAACAAGCUGUGAAAGAUCCAGUCCAGGAGAGUCCAGCCUGCCCACCACCGACAGUCCCACAUCCUACCAGAACGAGGAUGAGGAGUUUGAAGAAGAGCCAUAUGAUGGUAUCACUGAGGAUGGUUACAGUCACAUUUAUGGACGUUCAGCUAACCCCUAUGGAAUUCAAGACAAGACAGAGAUGGCAGCGGUUCCCUUGACCUUAGAGAAUCGCAACUGUGUCCUGAUCCGCAGAGACCUGGUGGCUCUGCCUGCGAGCCUCAUAAACCAGAUAGGCUACCGCUGCCACCCUAAGCUCUACACCGAGGGGGACCCUGGAGAGAAGCUGGAGUUGGUCGCUGGUACCCAAGUGUUCAUGACACGAGGUCAACUGAUGAACUGUCAUCUAUGCGCCGGUAUCAAACACAAAGUCUUGCUUCGCCGUCUCUUAGCCACAUUUUUUGACAGAAACACUCUGGCCAAUAGCUGCGGGACAGGCAUCCGUUCUUCUACGAGUGACCCAAGUAGGAAACCCCUGGACAGCAGAGUCCUUAACGCUGUCAAACUGUACUGUCAAAACUUCAACCCAAACUUCAAGGAGAGUGAAAUGAAUGUGAUUGCUGCUGACAUGUGCACAAAUGCAAGGCGCGUCCGCAAGAGGUGGCUGCCCAAGAUCAAGUCCAUGCUGCCUGAUGGCAUGGAAGUGUAUCGUGCAGGGAUGGGCAUGGGCGCUGGUGUAGGUCUGAGCCUGGCGCUGAGUGCCCCUCAAUCAGGAGUGCCCCUCCCCUUUGAGCAUGACUUCAAGGCCCUAGAGCAAAGGUUGUAUCUGGAUCGCAAGGACCCUCACAGGACUCAAACAGACGGCAGCCCUGGCUCUGUCGUGGUUGGAGCCGAGGCUGAUGGUGAAGGGGAGGCAGCAGUUCAAGAAGAACAGGAUGAAGACGAGGAUGAAGCUGGGUUGGAGGGUGUAGACGGAUCACCGGGGGCGCCGCUGUUAGUCACAGUGGGUGAGGCAGGCGUCACGCCACCUAAGCAGGAUGUGGAAGGUUUUGAACAAGACCUGAGGGUGAACGGACAGUGAAUGUCUUUUUGGGAUGCAUCUCAAAUUGUGAAACCUUUUCUUCUUUUCGCUCUCUAACGCUAGCAUCUUGUCCUCCACUCAUUCUCCUCUGUGCUUCCUGAACAGGAGUUUUCCAGCACAAAAGCUGCACUCCCUAAAUCCUAUUACCAGAAACCUGCCACACAUGCAUGCACUUGUGUGGGCUCACAUUCUUGCCAAUAGGAGAAGGAAAACACUGACAGUAGAAGUGCACACAGGCAUGGCCGAUUCAGAAAAACAAACUUUCUGAUACACCCCUUCAUUUAUCUUUUGACUAGGCACUUGGUAUUUGGGCUUCUGCUGCUAUGUAACAAAGAUGUCACUGCAUUGUAAACAGCUGUAAUGAUUCAUCACGUCACCGAGUACAACAGCUAAAGCAGCUUUGCUUGCAGUUGGCGUAAUGGUUUGAAAAACCAUUUUAUUAAUUUUAGUUUAGAAAACUGCAACCGAGAACAACCCAACAUUUAGGAGACAUGGCUCGUUAACAAGAGCCAUGUUUACUAUGUUUGCCCACUUGACAUCAAACUACCGGUAAUCUUUAUGAUCAUAAGCAGUAUUACAGUAAAAAUGUGUGUACUGUGAUAACACCGUUUAACAAACAGCAUGUCACAUUUAUGGUAAAGAAUAUGCUAAGCUUUGCUUCGAAAUCCCAAAACAAAUAUAUCACUUUUAUUUAUUUUUGUUAUGCAUAUCCUACCAUUACAUAUCAAAUUCAAUACGCGAUGCCUGUGUCUGCUCCAGACCGCCCCUCCCAACAUCACACAUGCAGAUUUACACACACCUGCCGUUUCUAUAUAACAUAAAGAGUCCAGAAGUUGCACUGCUUUUGAACACUGCAAAAAAAAAGGUUUUAGAUUUUAUCAUUCUGAUGAAACAAAACAAGAACAAUAACAUGUACUAAAGUCAAGACUUGCAUGCAUUAUUCCAAACAAUUAGUGAAAACUGCAGCAAAGCCACAGUCGUGCAUCUAAAUAAGAUAACAGCUACAGUUGCUUGGAGCUAUGCCGUUAAAACCAGGAGGACUUUCUCCAUUUUUAUUCUGGGCUUCAACCUCAGUCUUAACAGAUUGUUAAAACUGGCUUUGGUGCAGUCGAGGGUUGACUGUGCACAUUAUGAGUUUUCGAAUCCCUGUGUUUUAGCUACAGCGUGUGCUGUCACCUUAAAAAGAGGAGAAUGAAUACAUGGAGCAGAGAGAGGAAGUGCACUACACUGAGCGUUAGAAGUAUUAAAAAAUGCCAGAGAGAAGCACUCUUCCACCUUGGAAGUGGUGUGAUAUAUGCUGAG